GCAAACCCCUCUGUGCAUUGCCGGUUGAACGUUCCAUCAUUCCCCUAUCUUGGCACAGUAGUUUGAAUACCUUGCGUGAAGUAUGUGGCGUGAAUGGUGGAAAUGAGUAUUUAUUAAUUAUUCUACAUUAAAGAAUACUGUGUGGAGGAAAUUGAAAGAUUGGAGCAAAAGUAGUGCAUUGUGUGUGUCUUUGCAACGUGAUUUUCUCACAUGUUCCAAGAUUUUCUUCUCUCUUUGAAUGGGUAAAAAGUCAGAGUGAAAUAUUAGUGGUAGAAACAAUCAUUACAGGGUAAAACUGUUAUAUAAUUAUUGGAUUGUGGCUUUUGAGUGGAAAUUAAGGAAUUUAAAAAAAAGAAAAACGCACAGUUGAAGGACAACAUGAAAACUCCAUUGGGAAUUGUCCUAAUAUUUCUCUCAACACUCACUUUGGGAAAAAAUGCAACGCUAGAGGAACGAAUUAGGGAUGAUUCAGACUUGUCACAGUUCUACACCCUCCUGGAGAGGAAUCAAGUAGCAAUGGCCUCAUUAAAAUAUCGUUCGCUAACACUUUUUGCUCCAACAAAUGAAGCUUUUCAACGGUACACUGGAAACACAACGCACGUCCUCUAUCACAUUUCAACGGUAGCCACAACAUUGGAACAACUGGGUUCAACAAUAUCAUCGGAUUUGGAGGGAAAUCCACCAUUGUACAUAACGAGAAGAGGGAAAGCGUCCCAGGAGAAAAUUUUCAUUAACAAUGCCCUCGUCCUGCGAUCGAGGUCGAAUAUUCAACUACAGAAUUCAGAUGGGAGAAAGCAAGUACUCCACGUAAUUGAUGAUGUUCUGCAACCCCUGACAGUACUUCCAUCGUCAUCUAUUGAGCUGUUCAGUCCAGACGCCUUUCAAUUCCUAACUUAUUCCGAGAGUUUAGAUAUAAAUUCCCACCGUAUGCGCUCAUAUCGUGAAAAAGUUAUUAUGAAUAAGAAGGAAAUUGUAUUUCAAGCUGUUGGAAGUCACACCUAUUUUAUUCCCAUUGAUGAGGGAUUUAAGCCACCACCAAGAGCAGACUUGUUUGACAAGAAGGUCAUCGACGGACACAUCAUUCCCAAUCGAGUGCUCUUUACAGCAGCAGCUCCCUUCGGCGAUCCCCUGCCCACAUUGGCCUUCGAAGACAACUUAAAGGUGCAAAUCACGUUCUCGCAGACGUCGGAUAGCAAAUCCUCCAAAAAGAUAGUUUCCGUGACUUCAAAUACAGUUAUUGGGGACGAUAAACAUACACCUGGCAAUGUCCUGGCGGAAAUUGUACAGGCGAAUAUUCCAGUGAAGAAUGGUGUUGUUCACCUCAUCAGUCGCCCAUUGAUGAUUGUCGACAAUACGGUGAAAGAAUUUUUAGAGGACAAGGAUGACGGACCACUGAAGAAAUUCUAUGAAGUCAUUAUGAAAGUGGGCAGUGACUUUAUGCAGAGCAUCAACGGAAUGAAAAAUGUCACACUCUUUGCUCCAAGUAACGAAGCCUGGGCCACAUCCAAUUUGGACAACUUAAUAAAAGACACGGAAAAGAUGCGUGAUAUCCUGAACUUACACAUUGUGAAGGACAGGCUGACAAUUGAUAAGAUUAAGAAGAAUAACGUAAAUGCGAUUUCCCAAGUCGCCACGAAUGCCGAUAAGAAGUUCCUGUACUUCAACGUAAUAGCUGACCAGGAUAACAAUGAAACUGUGACAGUGGAGGGUGGAGGAGUUAAUGCCACCCUCAUUCAGGCUGAUAUUGCCGCAACAAAUGGAUAUGUACACAUCAUUGACCGAGUUCUUGGCAUUCCAUACACAACAGUUUUUGGGAAACUAGAGACCGAUCCAAUGUUAAAUAAAACCUACCAUUUGGGCAUUCCGGGUCAUUUCAACGACCAACUAGAUAACGUUAAAAGGAGAUAUACAUUUUUCGUGCCAAGAGACAAAGCAUGGGGAGCUUUAGAUAGGACUUGGCCUUCGACCUACAAAAAACUCUUUAUGCCUCACUAUUCUUAUCACGCAACUUCCAUUCUCGAGCGUCAUGUGAUUCUCGCAGACAAUGCCUACACCAUGGCAGAUCUUAAGGCAAUUGCCAAUGAUUCUGUGGUUGUUUUGCCAGCAAUGAGAGGAGUCUUGAAGCUGAAAAUCCGGGAAGAGAAUCGACAGGAAGAUAAUCAUAUGUAUAAUCCUCAUCAUCAAGAACAGCCUAAUAUUAAUUCGGGAUAUUCAAUCCAGUUCAACAAUCGAUGGAUUAACGUGUUCCGUCCGGAUGUGGAGUGCACAAACGGAGUCAUCCACGUAAUCGAUUUUCCACUUCUUCAAGAAAGUGACGUGAAAUUCAGUCCAAUUACAGCAUUAUCAUCAUCAUCAACAGUGCUUAAGAGUUCUCUAGCUCACAUUUUCCUAGUAGUUAUUUUGAAUAUUCUAUUUCUGAAAUAUUGAUACAAUUACUAAAUGAUUUCUACUGGAGAUUUUACCUCUUUUCUUAUUACCAAUUAAUGGGUUAACAUAGAGAACUUCACUAUACAGAGAGUUUACCAAAAGUAAGUUCUUUUCCAUGCUAAAUGUAUUCUUGAAACUGCCAGUAGAUUGGAUUUAAAAAACACACAGAUUUAAACCUCUUACACCUCAGUCUUAAUUUUUUUGAGUUGAUUUACUUCACACAAAAAUUAAAUCCAAUCCAUUUCUAACAAAUUCAAGUAUUAUGUUUUCUUGUGGAGCGUCCUUUUCUUUAUUUUAACAACUUAGUAUUGCUAUACCAAAAAUUUAUUUAGUACAAGAUAUAAAAAAAACAAAGGUUUAAUUCCCAAGAAGAAAGAUUUUAAAGUAUAUUUUUCUAAUAAUCACGAUCACAGAGCUAAUAAACGUCUGUAUCAUAAAUAGAAUAUCCCGCGAUAUUAUAUUUUGUGAAAUUUAAAAAUAAAUAACAUAGCUUGACUAUUAUUUUUAUAAAUUUUGCAUACUGAUUUGAAAAAUUGUAAUGCGAUAUCACUUAAGAAAUAAGAAAAAAAAACAAUUAAGGUUAUAUUCAUAUAAAAAAAAAACGAAAUAAAUUAUUCUAAAGUAGAUAAAGACAUAAUAGGAAAAUUAUCUAUCACUUAUUGCCUUUCAAAUAAAUGAGAAAAAAAACUUGGAACUGUAGAAACUUAUUUGAACAAUAAUCUGUUAAGCGUAAGGAUAAAUUAGUUAUUCAAAUUGUGGAGAUAAAAUGUUUUAGGAACUGUCUAACAUUGAGCUGCAAUAACUAAUUUGGCCGAUUUAUUUUGGAUUUUGAGGUUAUGUUGCACUUAACCUCAAAAAGAAUAUAUUUUCAUUCAAUAAGUGACAUAAAUCAAUUAACUAUGUACGGUCUGAGGUUGUGCAAUAUCUAAUGAGAACGGACUAUGACCUUUUUUCACUUUUACAACUUUUCGGGUAGACCUGAUGAAGGUGAUAUCGUGUUUCCGAAACGUUGUAGAGAAUAAAAAUUAAGAAAAAGAUCAUAGUCCGUUCUCAUUAGAUAUAUUAAAUCAAUCAGUUUACUAUAUAUUGGUAUCCUAAGUCUAAUCUUAAAUUGAAAGUAAAUAGUUUAUUUUACAUUUAAAAAAAUUUUUUAAAUCUUUAAAAUCAUUAAAAUUGAACAAUUUGUUAUUGAUCCUUUUGAUUUGGAUUUCGUAUUUUAUAGAAAAUUUUUUACAAACUUACAAAACAUAACAAAAUUCCUUCCCAUGCUUUCUUCAGUUUAUUUUCUAGGUUAAGUCCAACCUAACCUCAAUUUCCAAUAUAUAACCUCUUGGUCAAACCAGAAAAUUAGCAGCAUUUUAACACAACACAACUCCAUGCAAUUUUAUUUAAAUUAAUUUUAUGGAAAGUGCAUUGUAAAGGAAAUGAGUAACAUGCGUGUGAAAUAUGAUAAUAACAAAUCUUAUGAGCAAUUUUAUUUGACACGAAUUUUAAAUGAAUUUUUUUUAGACACUCUUACGAAGAAACUUAAGUAAAAAAUGAUGUAUUUAUUAUAGUUUGUACAUUUCUCUUCUUUUUUUACCAAAAGUAUAUUUACCAAGUGUCCAGAAAGAUGUAUAUUAAAUAACUAUUAGAACUCACAAGAAAAAAAAAAAGAAAAUUUGAGAAAUAGAAAAUUACUUAAUAGAUGUUGAAAAAUCAAAAUUAAUAGAAAUACUGUGUCAUGAAAAACAUGAAUUAUAGAGAAAAGAUUAUUUUUGAAGAAGAAACAUUUAAAAAAAAAAUAUGCAUUUACAUCAAAAAUAAUCAUGUGCUAGAAAUUGAGCUGGAACUUAUUUUAAUUAAAAAUUUAUCACUAAAAUUUACUUUGAAAUAUCAUUUUUUGUCAUAUCAUUUUAGCAAUCUGUUUGCAAUAGCUUUCAAAUGAUGAGUAUAAUAAAAUGCAAGAAAAUAUAAAUAUUUAAAAAAAAUACUAUAAUUACAAAGAAAAUAAAUAGCUGUAACGGAAGAAAUUAUAUGAAAAUUGAAUAUUUUUCCUAUGGUUACACUCUCUCUUACGGAGAAACUUGAUGCAAAAUGCUAAUGUGACACCCAAAUUGAAAAAUUAAUGAAAAAAUAGCCAUCGAUUUAUAUUAAAUGUAAUAUUUUGAACGCUAGUGUAACGAAACAUUGAAAACAAAGGUAAAUAAAUUAUUUUCUUGCCUCUACAAA